UGUUGUAAAGAUCUUCGUGUCGGCGGCUGCUUGCUUCGCUCUCACAGCACAGUGUCCGAGCCUGAGCAAUGGGAAAGCACAGCCUGGGAGCUGGCUUCAUCGCACUGCUCGCUGUCCUGUGCACGACCACCGUCCGGGGUGAUAAUCUGUGCCUAUCAAAAGGAGCAGCAUCGUGUGCAGAAUGUCUCCGAAUAGAACCAUAUUGUGCCUGGUGUUCACAAGAGGACUUUGGAAGUAGUUCUUCAAGGUGCGACCUCAAGGAGAAUUUAAUCCAGAAAGGUUGCGCGGAGAAUGCGACUGAGUAUCCCCAGGGUUACUUCCGAAUUGAGAAGAACUUGCCCCUCAGCAACAAAGGGUCAAGUGACAAUCCAGAGGCAAUUGUGCAAUUUUCUCCUCAAAAGAUCAGCCUCAGCCUGCGUCGAGGAGAAUCCAGAUCAUUCACAGUCCAGGUGCGUCAGGUGGAGGACUAUCCUGUGGACAUUUACUACUUGAUGGAUCUCUCAUUCUCUAUGAAUGAUGAUUUGCAAACCAUCCAGGAACUUGGCACAAGGGUGGCUGAAGAAAUGGCCAAGCUCACCAGCAACUUGCAGCUGGGAUUUGGAGCUUUCGUUGACAAGCCAGUUUCUCCAUAUAUUUACAUGACCUCAGAAGCAGAAAUCAAAAACCCCUGCAUUCAACUUGACAGCACAUGUAGACCUGUCUUUGGAUUUAUAAAUGCACUCAAGUUGACCGAAGAAGUUAAGAAGUUUAAUGAGGAAGUAGUUAAACAGCAAGUUUCUCGAAAUCGCGACACACCAGAAGGGGGGAUGGAUGCCAUACUUCAAGCCACAGUGUGCACGGAUGACAUUGGUUGGCGUCAGGAGGCCACACACAUGUUGGUGUUUGUCACUGAUGCUGGCUCACACUUCGCACUGGAUGGCAGGCUGGCUGGUAUCACCCGCCCUAAUGAUGGGCAUUGCCACAUGAGUCUGGACAAUGAGUAUAAUGCCUCCACUAUCCUGGAUUACCCAUCACUUGCUAUGCUGGCUGAAAAACUCACAGAGAAUAACAUCUUUCUGAUCUUUGCAGUCACUAGUCGGGUCACUGAGACAUACAGGAGUUACACUAAAAUGCUUCCUGGUUCUACAGUCGGCACCAUUUCCAAGGACUCCAGCAAUGUCCUAGAUAUCAUCAUUGAUGCCUAUGAGAGAAUCCGCUCCAUUGUGGAAAUGGAAGUUUUGAAUCUGCCAAAGGAACUAUCAGUAUCCUUCGAUGCUUACUGUGGGGAUAAUGGAUUUUUCCCAGGACAGAGAGUCUGCUCAGGGCUGAAGAUUGGAGACACGGUGAAUUUCACAGUGAAAUUGGAAGCCAGAGAGUGCCCAGUUGGUGAAAAGGUGAAGACGUUUACAGUGAAACCCAUUCUGUUUAGGGAUUCCCUGGAGGUGACAGUUGAUUUCAACUGUGACUGUGAUUGCGAGAAAGAUGCAGUGGAAAACAGCACUCAGUGCUCUAAUGGCAAUGGGACCUAUGAAUGCGGAGUGUGCAAGUGUCUCCCAGGCCGCCUUGGCCCAUCCUGUGAGUGCACAGACGGUGAUUUCUCAGUGACUGAAGAGGCUUCCUGCACCCCAGAGGGUGGCGGGCCCCUUUGCAAUAACCGCGGGGAGUGCAUUUGUGGACAGUGCGUAUGCCACAACAGUGACUUUGGAAUUAUAUCCGGCAAGUUCUGUGAAUGUGAUGACUUUUCUUGUGGACGCUACAAGGGCAAGCUGUGCUCAGGGAAUGGCAGGUGUGAGUGCGGAGAGUGCAAAUGUUUCCCAGACUGGACCGACAGUUACUGCAACUGCACUGUCAAGACUGACAAUUGUGUGCCCGCUUUUGGGCUAAUCUGCAGCGGGCGAGGCUACUGUGAAUGUGGGAAGUGUGUUUGCACCGGGGGAGCAUUUGGAGACCAGUGUGAGAAAUGCCCCACCUGCCCUGAUGCCUGCUCCUUCAAAAGGGGCUGUGUUGAGUGUAAAGUCUUUGAGACUGGGGAGUUGAUGGAGAACGGCACAUGUGACAGGGUGUGCAGAGAUGAGAUCCGAAGAGUGAGAACUUUGGAUACAGAAACUACAGAUGGGGUCAUCUGUACCUAUAAGGAUGAGAAUGGUUGUGUUGUUCGGUUCCGUUAUCACGAAGAGUCAAAUGGAAAAUCCAUUCUGUCAGUCAUUGAAGAACCAGAGUGUCCCCCGCCAGUGAACAUCCUGCUCAUUAUCCUGUGUUUGAUGGGUGCCAUCCUGCUGUGUGGUUUGGUGGCUCUAUUGAUCUGGAAGUUGCUGGUCACCGUCCAUGAUAAGCGAGAGUUUGCCAAGUUUGAGGCAGAACGAGCCAAAGCGAGGUGGGAUACGGCCAACAACCCGUUGUACAAAGGGCCAACGACAACCUUCACAAAUUUCACCUACACUGGCAACGCAGACUGAAGGGAGCAUCAGCAGGGAGAGGGUUACACAAUCCACAGCAAGGACACCUUCAAAUGGGCUGCAUGGGGCACAAAAACCAAGGGGCUUGGUGUUUUAUUUCUCAAUGAGAUUGCAUUCCUUUCACUGGCCGAUGUCAUGCUUAACACAGGCACAACUUCAAUCUGUAAAGCCUACCUUCCCUCAAUAGUGGGUCACUUGACUUAGAAACAGCACUGAGACACAGUCAGGUGCCUCUGGUGCCUUUUAUCAGCAGGUGUUUGAAACAGCCUCAGGGCACUUAACUGGAUAGAUUUCUGAUAUCUGAAGAAUGUCUCUGAGGGUCACAUUAUGGUAGCAUAUACACUUUCACAAAAGGGUAUUGAGAGAACAAGAAAGACAAACCUAUUUCUCCGGCAAGUAGGCCUGUAACCAAAUCACAGAGUUUUAAACUCAUUGUCAAAAGGACCAGAGCAAAAAUAAAGAGAAUUAUUUUUUAUCCGGGCAGUUAUAACGAUUCGAAAUAUGUUGCCUUAAAGGUUGACAGAAGUAAAUUCAAUUGUAAACCUGAAAGGUGAAUUGGUUAAAAAAUUUGAAGGGGGAAUUUUGCUGGGCAUAUGGGACAAUGAGACUAAUUGGUUUGCUCUUUCAAAGACGGGCCAAUGGCUUUAUGGGUUGUCUCAUUCCAUCUGAGACUGUCUGCUUUAAAUGCUACUUUGAAGAUCUGAGUUGGAGCAUCACAAUUGGGCCCCAGCACUCCUGGGUUUAGGAAGGGAAAUGUCUAACUGUAUUCCCAUUAUUCCUGCUGCAAGUGGGCAAGAUUGGGUUUCAAUUUGAUGCUGUCUUAAGUGUGUUUGGUCAGUUGAUGGAGGAAUACAGAAUCAUAGGAAAAGAAAGGAGAAAGUGGUGGAUCAUCUUUGGAAACAGUGGAAUCUGUAAACUGACUUUUAUUCGAUGGAGCAUGUCCUUACAGACGCAGCAGAAGCUGCACAACUGGUGGCUGUGGGUAGACAUACUGCACACCAGCUCAAGAGUGUCACUUAACCCUGCUACCCAGCUCCAGCCAGGGAAUGUGGCUCAGUGACUGUAUGAACCCUGUCCUGUUCAUAUCUAUCUAAAAAGGUAAAGUUACCAUGGUCCGACUGGCCCAGAGGCUAUUCUGCAUUACAAACCAGUUGUCCUGCCAAAUAAGCUAACCAACGCCUCAGCUACAACCUUGAGUGGCUCAGAAAUCAAUGGAACUGAGCACUGCAGACUGCAUGGUGUGAUGUUGAACAGAUUCAGAACAAUGACAGUGGGGAAGGAAACAGGGAGAAGAUGGGGAAGUCACCCAGGAUUCCCUCUGCUGAUUUACAUCCCAGAACACCCUGCACUUUAAAUCUAGAUAUGUUGCUGCACAAGUAGCAUGAGACUGAAGCCAGAAAGAAAUAUGAGUAAGUUUUAUAUCCUACAGUAGUUAUGUUUUCAUCCUUCUUGAAAGAAUCAUAGAGUCAUAGAGUAAUACAGCAUGGAAACAGGCCCUUUGGCCUAAACUGGACCGUACUGACCAUGGUGCAUACCCCAGCUAGUUACAAUUGUCCACAUUUGGUCCUUAUCCUUCUAAACCCUUCCCAUCGAUGUGCCAAUCCAAAUGUCUUUUAAAUAUUGCUAUUGUACCUGCCUCAACCAUUUCACCGGCCGUCCAUUCCAUAUAUGCACCAAUCUCUGUGUAAACAAAUUGCCUCUCAGGUCCUUUUACAUCUUUCCCCUCAUUCCUUCAACCUAUGCCCCUAGUUUUCAAUUCCCCAUCCCUGGGAAAAAGACUGUAUAUGAUCAUCCGAUCUACGCCCCUCAUGAUUUUUGCACAUCAAUAAGGUCAUCCCUCAUUCUCCAAGAUUCCAAGGAAUAAAGUCUUAUCUUGGCCAAUCUCUCCCUAUAACUCAGGCCUACAGGUCUUGGCAACAUCUUCAUAAAUCUUCUUUGCACACUUUCCAGUUUAACUAUGUGUUCCCUCUAAAAGGGUAUCCAAAACUGUGCACAAUACUCCAAAAGCAGCCUCACCAACAAUUUGUACAACUGUAACAUAAUCUCCCAACUCCUACACUCAAUGCCCCAAACGAUGAAGGCCAGCAUGCUAGCCUUCUUCACCACCCUGUCCACAAGCUUACUAAUCACACCUUGUACAUUCACAUGCAGAUCUUCGAUGUAAAUAACAAAUAUCCCAGCACUGAACCCUGUGGCACACCACUAGUCACAGGCUUCCAGUCUGAGAAACAAUCUUCGACUAUCACCUUCUGCUUCUUGCCAUUGAGCCAAUUUUGAAAUUGACUGUAGUUUAAAUACCGUUGAAGUGCCUCGUAUCUUAUGUAUAUAUUUCUCUUCUCAUGGUGAAUGAAAACUAUGGUUCCUUUUAUUGGCUGUUCUCUAACCUUACACAAUGAAUAUUGUUGACUGUCAGCACAAUACAGAAUAGGUUCUCAUAAUCACUCCCACUUUCAGGAGCCAUAAUCUGACAACUCAUUCUACAGUUUAAACACUUCUCUGCCAAGAGAACUACUGCCUAGUGACUAACCCACAACAACAGGUUGCGUUUGCGUAGGGCCUCAGACUGAGGAGUAAACUCGCAACAUGGGCAUUGAGCAACAUUUUGAAGAGUGGAGAGAAUCCUUAAUUGGCAGAAGAUCUAGUAACAGGAAUUGCCAGUGCCCAUAAAAUAGUCACCACAAUGCCACCGUACAUAUAAGAUAGCAUGAUGGGGGAAGGCCUAAGGUGAAUGACAGAUUAGUCAAAGAGUUGGCUUUUUACAGAGAUCUGUAUAGGAGGAGAGGCUGAGAGACAGAAUUCCAGCCUUGGUGCAGCUCAGAGUUGUCCAAUAUCCUUACACACCAUUGCUGGAGGGGCUCUCCCUCCAGUUGCUGGGGUCUACCUGCCUGGGUCUGACACCUCACCCAUUUUCUUGACCACACUGGGAGUAAUCAGUAACCUAUAAAUCUCAAAACUGUCCAUCACUGGUGACUUUAUUUGUCCUAUGUCUGGGUCUAUUGUCAAAUUGCUAAUGGGGUUUAAUUCAGAGGGUUAGUAAACAGUUCCAUUAACUUUAUAUUAUACACCACCAAGAGACUAGACAUUGAACUAGAGGGGAUUGGACUCUUUCUGUGCCUCAAUUCCGAUAUCCUUCUAUUUUCAGAGAAAAUUCAAUGUCUGAGAAGUAUAAUGUUUCGCAGGGAGAAGUAAGCCACAGAAAUCAAUCCUUUUGUCAGCAUUUUGUGGAGGUAUCUUACAUCAAAAUAUUUUGAAACACGAUCAAGCCAGUUAUGAGUCAGCAUCCAUUUGGUAGGAAGCAGUAGGGAGGUGUUCAGUGAUAAGCUUGUUCUGGUCGGGAACUGGGGGAAAGAAACAGGAAGCCUUCACAUUUUCUCGAGAUGAACUUGGGUCAGGAGCAGCUACGAUAACUGACUCCUCAAGAUUUAGAAAUUAGCAAAGGUUAACCUGUGACUGCCUCCUUAUACGGGUUGGGUUCUACUCUGCAUAUUUUUCUUGUUUUUUUUUGUUUUGUUGUGACAGGAAUAGAGGCAAUUUUGCAUUGUGGUAAUUGCUAAAUUUAACAUGCUGAUUGCAUAACAAAAUAUCAGUCGGAUGUGGGUUAGGAAGCAGGCAGCGCAUGUCGGGAUUGGUGAUUCAGAACCUGGGUGAUGUCCCACCCAGUCACUCAGCUCUUCUGAAAUUCCAGGCAGACGAUUCCAGUAUGUGUUCAGAGAUAAUGGGAACUGCAGAUGCUGGAGAAUACAAGAUAAUAAAAUGUGAAGCUGGAUGAACACAGCAGGCCAAGCAGCAUCUCAGGAGCACAAAAGCUGAUGUUUCGGGCCUGGACCCUUCAUCAGAGAGGGUUGGUCCGGAGGGAGGAGGGUAACUUCUUCAGGUUAGGCAUCCCUGGAAGAGGCUUCGCAGUGAGGUUAAAAUUGUAUCAGUGAUACUGGGAACUGCAGAUGCUGGAGAAUCCAAGAUAACAAAGUGUGGAG